CAGCAACAAAUUUUGUAAAAACAACAAAAGCGAAAAGAAAAAUACAUAUAUAUUUGUACACAAGCAACGCACACGCAACGUGCUCGCAUCAGGCCAAAAAUUAAAAAACUUUUGCAAUGUCCAAUGGUGACGAUGUGCUAGACAACUGGGAAGAAAUUGACGAGGCAGGCCUUUGCAUGACGCUGCAAACGAAACUGCAAACCGCCAACGACGACACCAGUAGCAAGUUUAAGCCCGCCUUGACAGCUGAAUCCGCAACAGUUGCUGCGCCUCAAGCAGCAGUCGCCUCAAGCAAAAUGAAAUUGCUACAGCGCCCACAGAGCCUGCAGGAGGGCAGCGGCACAACGGCCACGGCGCCCAAGCAAAUAAUGAUUGCCAAGAAGCCGCCGCCGCCAGCGCCGUCAUUGGAUGAUGAAUCGAGCACAGCGCCCGUUAUGAUGGUACUGCACAAGUCCAAUAGCGAGUACGAUGCGGCCAAUUAUGCCACGCCCAUUAGCAACCAAACGGUAAAGAUAUUGCGCAGACCCGCACAAGCCGAGGAACGUCGUGAUACAAACGGUAUACGACCCAAGCAGCCCAUCAAGACGCUGCAGCAGCGAGAGCAGGAAUAUGCACAGGCCCGUCUGCGCAUACUGGGCAGCGCCAAGAAUCCAGAGGACGACAAGCCUGCUUCGCCGACAACGCUCGUGGUGCUGUCAACCCCAGUUCAAGCUGAAGUGCCUACGUCGCCUGCAACUUUCAACUUUAACAACAACAACAACAAUAACAACAGCGGCAUUGUUGCUAGUGCUGCACCUGGCAUGCAUCGCUCCAGUUCGGCACCAAAGAUGUCGCAAACAGCGCCCAUCUACAACAACUAUAACAACUACUAUCAGGCGCCGCCGACUCAAGCAGCCAUGGGCUACUAUUAUCAGCAGACACCUUCCAUGCAUCAGCAACAGCAGCAGCAGCAACAGCAGCAGCAACAACAAACGCCACCACACUAUAACAAACGGAUGUCUCCAUAUGUUGCAGGCGGAGCAGCUGCAGCGGCGGCAGCAGCGCCACCAACCCCCAACUCUCAGCAGAGUUGGUCGCCAGUUGUCGGUGGCAGCGUCUCGGCGGCGUUGCUGCGCCAACAAUCGUUGCAUACGACGUCGCUGCAACAGCAUCAGGCGCCGCCACCGCCGCCGCAAUAUGCACAUCCAUAUAAUGAUAAUGUCUUACGGUUGCCACGUGGUCCGUGUCCCAAUGGCACAAUUGGAUUUCAGAUGCGUCGGUAACAGGCGCCUGGACGCAACAAAAAUUCUUUUAUUUCUAAUAUCCCAUGCCAAUUGAACGCAUGCAUUCAAAAUUGUCAUUCUGAGAUUGCAUUAAGUAAUUUUUUUGCUUUAUAUUUAUUCAUUUUGUUUGUGGCACAUCGUAACGCUGCAGCAAUCACUAUGUAAACAAAUUUAUGACGGAGUUUGGUAGUUAUCUUGUAAAUUUUUACAAACAACAACAAAAAAAAUACAAUUUUUUAAUGCCUACUAAUAAUAAUAACAAAACCAACAAAUGCAAAACCGAAAGAAAAAUACAUAUUUUACAAAUCG